GCCUCGCGCCGGCCCAAGAUGGCGGCGGCGCUGGAGGCCCCCGGCCUGUGACCACAAAGAGGGAGCCGGGGCCGGACGGCAGCGCGGCGGCGGCGGCGGCGGCCGAGGCCCAGGCCGGGCCCCGCGCCCCUCAGCCCCCCCCGGCCCUGCCCCCCGCGCGCCCCCGCCGGCGGCCGCCCGCCCCUCCCCCGCCGCCCGCCUAGCAUGGUGCGGCGGGCCGCGCGCGCCGACAUGGGCGAGAAGCUGGAGCUGAGGCUCAAGUCGCCCGUGGGGGCCGAGCCCGCCGUCUACCCGUGGCCGCUGCCGGUCUACGACAAACACCAUGAUGCUGCUCAUGAAAUUAUCGAGACCAUCCGAUGGGUCUGUGAAGAGAUCCCAGAUCUCAAGCUUGCUAUGGAAAAUUACGUUUUAAUUGACUAUGAUACCAAAAGCUUUGAGAGCAUGCAGAGGCUCUGCGACAAGUACAACCGGGCCAUCGACAGCAUCCACCAGCUGUGGAAGGGAACCACGCAGCCCAUGAAGCUGAACACGCGGCCGUCCAACGGGCUCCUGCGGCACAUCCUGCAGCAGGUCUAUAACCACUCGGUGACCGACCCGGAGAAGCUCAACAACUACGAGCCCUUCUCCCCGGAGGUGUACGGGGAGACCUCCUUCGACCUGGUGGCCCAGAUGAUUGACGAGAUCAAGAUGACCGAGGAUGACCUGUUCGUCGACUUGGGCAGCGGUGUGGGCCAGGUCGUGCUGCAGGUUGCCGCAGCCACCAACUGCAGACAUCACUAUGGCGUCGAGAAAGCUGACAUCCCAGCCAAGUACGCGGAGACGAUGGACCGCGAGUUCAGGAAGUGGAUGAAAUGGUAUGGAAAAAAGCAUGCCGAAUACACACUGGAACGAGGCGACUUCCUCUCAGAGGAGUGGAGGGAGCGGAUUGCGAACACAAGUGUUAUAUUUGUGAAUAAUUUUGCCUUUGGUCCUGAGGUGGAUCACCAGCUGAAGGAGCGAUUUGCAAACAUGAAAGAAGGUGGCAGAAUCGUGUCCUCGAAACCCUUUGCACCUCUCAACUUCAGAAUAAACAGUAGAAACUUGAGUGAUAUCGGCACCAUCAUGCGAGUCGUGGAGCUGUCGCCCCUGAAGGGCUCCGUCUCGUGGACGGGCAAGCCGGUCUCCUACUACCUGCACACUAUCGACCGGACCAUACUUGAAAACUAUUUUUCUAGUCUGAAAAAUCCAAAACUCAGGGAGGAGCAAGAGGCAGCUAGGCGCCGCCAGCAGCGUGAAAACAAGAGCAACACGGCCACGCCGACCAAGGUCCAGGAGAGCAAGGCGGCCGUGCCCGCGGACGCCCCCGUGGAUUCUGGUGCUGAAGAAGAAAAAGCUGGGGCGACCACCGUGAAAAAGCCGUCCCCCUCCAAAGCCCGGAAGAAGAAGCUGAACAAGAAAGGGAGGAAGAUGGCUGGCCGGAAGCGGGGGCGGCCCAAGAAAAUGAACACUGCAAACCCUGAGCGUAAGCCCAAGAAGAACCAAACUGCACUGGAGCUCCUGCACGCCCAAACCAUGUCUCAGACAGCCUCGUCCUCGCCUCAGGAUGCGUACAGCUCACCUCACAGCCCGCUGUAUCAGCUACCUCCCGUCGUGCCGCGGCCGUCGUCCAACCAGCUGCUGGUGGCGCCCACCCCGCCCGCGCUGCAGAAGCUGCUAGAGUCCUUCAAGGUCCAGUACCUGCAGUUCCUGGCCUACACCAAGACCCCUCAGUACAAGGCCAACCUGCAGCAGCUGCUGGACCAGGAGAAGGAGAAGAACGCCCAGCUGCGUGGCACGGCGCAGCAGCUCUCCAGCCACUGCCAGGCCCAGAAGGAGGAGGUCAGGCGGCUGUUCCAGCAGAAACUGGACGAGCUGGGAGUGAAGGCCCUGACCUACAGCGACCUGAUCCAGGCCCGGACGGCCAUCUCCGCCCACAACCAGCGGCUGAAGGAGCAGACGGAGCAGCUCGAGAAGGACAACAGCGAGCUCAGGGGCCGCAGCCUGCAGCUGCUCAAGGCCCGGUGCGAGGAGCUGAGGCUGGACUGGGCCACGCUGUCCCUGGAGGGUCUGCUGAAGGAGCGGCAGGCCCUGAAGAGCCAGAUCUCGGAGAAGCAGCGGCACUGCCUGGAGCUGCAGAUCAGCAUCGUGGAGCUUGAGAAGAGCCAGCGGCAGCAGGAGCUCCUGCAGCUCAAGUCCUGCGUGCCGCCCGGCGGCCUGUCCGUGCACCUGCGCGGGAAGGGCGCCCUGGGCCGGGAGCCUGAGGCCGAGCCUGGCCGCUUCCACCUGGAGCUGGACUGCGCCAGGUCCACCCUGCCACCCUUCAGCAGCAUGAGCCCGGAGCUCUCCAUGAACGGCCACGCCACGGGCUACGAGCUCUGCAGCGCGCUCAGUCGGCCGUCGUCCAAGCUGAGCACCCCCCAGUACCUGGCCUCCCCCCUGGACCAGGAGGUCGUCCCCUGUACCCCCAACCAUGGCAGCCGCCCGAGGCUGGACAAGCUGUCGGGCCUGUCCUUGCCCGACUACACCCAGCUCUCCCCGGCGAAGGUCGUGCUCAGGAGGCACCUGGGGCAGGACCAUGCCACCAGCGGGAAGGGGGCCCCCGGCGAGCUGCUCCCACGAGCUGAGCAUGCCAAGGAGCAUGGCCUCACGUAUCAGAGCCCUGGCAUUUCAAACAGUGUGAAGCUGAGCCCUCAGGAUCUGCGGUCCUCGUCCCCUGUGGCCUUGCAGGUCCCAGGGGAGAAGAGCAGUGAGAAGGGCCUGCGUGAGCGCCCCUACGCCAGCAGCGGGGAGCCCAUCACCAGCCUGCCCAUCAGCAUCCCGCUCAGCACGGUGCAGCCCAACAAGCUCCCGGUCAGCAUCCCCCUGGCCAGCGUGGUGCUGCCAAGCCGCGCCGAGAGGGCGAGGAGCACCCCCAGCCCUGUGCAUCAGAGCCGAGACCCGUCCGCCACACUUGAAAAGCAGAUUGGUGCUACUCCCCACGGCGGUGGGGGCAGUGCUGCCGGAAGCAAGAGCCUCACCCUGGCGCCCUCAGGCUUCUCGUAUGCUGGCUCGAUGGCCGUCAGCGGGGCCCUCGUGGGCAGCCCAGCACCCGCAGCCCCUGGAGCUGAGCUGGGCCCCUUGGACGAGUCCCCUGGCUCCGGCUGCCUCUUCGCCGCUGCGGGGUCCCGGAGCUCGACACCACAGCACCCACCCCUGCUGGUGCAGCCCCGGAACCCGGGCCCAGCCUCCCCCGCCCACCAGCUCGCUGCCAGUCCCCGGCUGGGCAUGCUCCCCGACACCGGCAAAGGGGACCUGCCCUCCGACUCGGGGUUCUCCGACCCGGAGAGCGAAGCCAAGAGGAGAAUCGUCUUCACCGUCACGACCGGGGCGGGCAGCGCCAAGCAGUCUCCGUCCAGCAAGCACAGCCCCAUGGCUGCCGGCGCCCGCGGGGACUGCGGCUCGGGCCACGGGCAGGACAGCCGCAGGCGGGGACGGAGGAAGCGCUCCUCGGCGGGGACCCCCAGCCUGGGCACAGGGCUGUCCCCCAAGCGCCGGGCCCUGCCGUCUGUGGCCGGCCUCUUCACGCAGUCGUCAGGGUCCCCCCUCAACCUCAACUCCAUGGUCAAUAACAUUAACCAACCUUUGGAAAUCACGGCCAUCUCAUCCCCCGAAAACUCCCUGAAGAGCUCUCCUGUCCCCUACCAGGACAACGACCAGCCCCCCGUGCUCAAAAAGGAGAAGCCCCUGACCCAGACGAACGGGGCGCACUACUCCCCCCUGACGUCGGAUGAGGAGCAGGGCUCGGAGGAUGAGCCCAGCAGCACCAGAAUUGAGAGAAAAAUUGCAACAAUCUCCUUAGAGAGCAAAUCUCCCCCGAAAAGCUUGGAAAAUGGUGGCGGCCUGGCCGGCAGGAAGCUGGCACCUGCGAGCGAGCCUGUCAACAGCAGCAAGUGGAAGUCCACCUUCUCGCCCAUCUCCGACCUCGGCCUCGCCAAGGCCGCCGACAGCCCCCUGCAGGCCGGCCCCGCCCUGAGCCAGAGCUCCUUGUUUGCCUUCCGGCCCGCCUUGGAGGACCCCGUCGCCGCCGAGACCAAGGUGGCCACACACACCCGGAAGAACUUUCCCGGCUCGCUGGCGGGGGCUGGCGGACUGAGCCCAAACAGCAACGCUUCUAACGGGUUCCCCUUCGUGGGGGGCCUGGCCGCGGACCCCAGUUUACACAGCUUCAACGAUGGUGCUUCUCUCUCGCACAAGGGCCCCGAGGUGGCCGGCCUGAGCGCCGCCCUGAGCUUCCCCUCCCAGCGGGGCAAGGACGGGGCCAUCGUGGAUGCCAACCCCUUCCUCAGCAAGAGGCCGCCGGACGGACUGGGCGGCAGCAAGGGGGACGGCGGCAAGGGCAAGGAGCCGGGUGAACUCGGCCUGCCCCCAGGCCCAUCCUCGGAGAAGGGCGCCCUGCCACAUGGCGGCAAGGGGGGCCGCGGCCGGGACCGCGAGCUGGACUUCAAGAACGGCCACAACCUCUUCAUCGCCGCCGCCGCCGUGCCCCCUGGGGGCCUCCUCAGCGGGCCCAGCCUCGCCCCGGGGGCGUCCUCAGCGGGCAGCGUGGCGCCCUCCACACAGACGCACCGGCCCUUCCUUGGCACCUUCGCCCCCGCGGCCCCGUUCGCCCUGGGCCCCAUGGCCCUGCAGGCCAACCUUGGCUCGGUGGCCGGCUCGUCUGUGCUGCAGUCCCUGUUCAGCUCUGUGCCGGCCGCCGCGGGCCUGGUGCACGUGUCCUCCGCUGCCACCAGACUGACCAACUCGCACGCCAUGGGCACCUUCCCCUCCGGGGUGUCGGGCGGGGCCGUCGGAGGUGUCUUUAACCAGGCGGUGCCUUCUGCCUCUGGCCACCCGUUCGGAGCCGGUCGCGGCAGCGGCGCCUUGUGUAGCAGCAGCUCGCUGAGCUCACGCCCACCGCAGGCGGCUGCCGGCGCCGCCGCCUCUUCCUUGCAGGCCCCGGCCCCCGCCGCGCCCCGGCCGCCCCCGCUUCCUGCUCAGCGCGCCCCGCGCCUCGCGCCCCCGCCUAACGCCACCUUGCCUCCCGCACCCCCGCUGCGCGCCGCUAACCCCGCGCCCGCGCUCCUGCAGAGCCUCGCCGCCGUCCCGGCUAACCCCGCUCUCUCGCCCGCUGCCUCUGCUAACGCCUCUUUGUCCAUCAAGCUGGCCUCCCUCCCGCACAAGGCCGCCCGGCCCUCCCUCGCGGUCCACCGCCAGCCCCUGCCCCGGCUGGCCCUGGCGCCGGCCGCGCCCCUCAUCCCGCAGGCCAGCUCGACGGGGCCGCCGGCUGUGUGGGUUUCCCUUGGCAUGCCGCCCUCCUAUGCCGCGCAGCUCUCGGGGGUUAAGCCGCGAUAAAGACCUUGCUUAGCUAGCCGUUCCUAUCGCGUAAGGUAUCUAGGCCUUCUACCUCAACUGCGUGACCUAUGCAAGCAAGACGUGUGGACCAACGCGGCCACAGCCGCCCACCGGUGCUCGCCCGCCCAGCUACUGGACGGCAGACAGACGGACGCAAGGAAAGACAACGAGCGCGCUCUACUGUGAAUCCGGGCUGUGACCGACUGCAGGAGGGAGGCGGAAACGUGGCUUCAGUUUGUACUGUUGAUAGUUUUAGAUAAAGUAUUUAUCGUUUUUUAAAAAGUAAAAACAAUUUUGACUUAUUUUAUUCCAUCUAAGUGGUAAAAAGCAACUUAUUCAGAAAUAUAAAUAUCUCUAUAUAAGAAGACCUAUAUGAAGACGUCUGUCUGGAGACCGGCCCGAUGGCGUCGCCGAGAGCCCGGCCGCGGUGCUAUCCCGUUCAUCAGGCCGUGCCUGUCGCCCGCCCCCUUGGUGCUGACCCGAGCCCGCCCGACGCCAGACCCACUCCAGCCGCUCGGCUCACAUACCAAAGGCUUGCCCGCUCGCCGCAGGAGGGCGGCCGCCUUCCCCCAGGCGGGGUCCUGCCGCCCUGACGAUGGACGUGGCCUCACCCAUCAGAGCCCACGGGCCCCGCCUGCCCGCCCGUCACUGUGAACGUCGCUCGCCCAGACCACGUCGGCCCAGGGCCCGGGGGCCUCCAGAGUGGGGACAGGCCCAGGUGUCGUUCCGUAGGGCGCGGUGGGACGCGGAGCUGCGAAGCCAAUGAGACUCGGGCCCUGAUGGCAGGUGCUCUCGCUGGGCUCGCGCAGUCCUCCACGCAACACGUGGUCACUCACGGUGCCAGGGGGCCGGGGCAGAGCGGGCACACAGCCCUGGUGUUUCUGUACAGGAGAGUCACACUAACGCGUGACAGUGUUUUAUAGAGAAGGGAUGGAAAUUUAUAAAUUUCAUAGACUUGAUUUCAUUUAUUUUUAGAUUGUAUAAUGCACAGUAAACUUUAAAAAAAAAAAAAAAAAAAAGGUGACGGGCAAGAAAACCCAACCUUUUUAUUUAUUCAAGUGCACAAAAAUGGUAUUGGGCCCGGCCGGCCCGAGUGGGCUGCGGCCUGCCCCAGGAGGUGCCCCUAAGCCCCUUCCCCGCACCCCACCUACACCCCGAAUCCCCCGGUGUGAGAGGAGGCUCUCCGGCGCUGGGCAGCCAACCCCUCCUACUCCCACAGCCCUCCCACACCCCAGCAGCCUGUUGUGCUCAGAGAUAAAUGUACUGGGUGCGGACAGACAGGCCAGGGCCAAGGCUAGAAGAAAACAGAACCAUUUCAGGUCCUUCCAGAAGUGGCCAGCCAGGUUCUCAGGCCCCUUUUGUGCAGGUCUUUGCCCCAGCCUCUGCUUCCGGGGUCAUCUGAGCUAACAUCCCUGCAGGGUGGCGGGCACCCUAGGAAUGCUGGACAGGGGCAGUGAGAACCCUCUUCUCCUGCAGCCCCCAGCCCUGGCCUCCAUCCUCAGCUGCCCCCGAGAGCUGUGGCCUGAGAUCCCCACACCCAUGUUGGUGAGCCCUGCCUGGGGGUGCCUGGAGCUCAGCCUUCCCAGCUGAGUGUCCCGGGGUCGGGGCAAGACAUGCACAGUGCCCCCACCCCAUCCUUCCCUCCCUCCCAGUGUCCCACCGGGCCUCCCCUGGUUUCCAGCCCCCUCCCCUGCUGAGACCCACCCUUCCUCACCCAGCCUGCCCUCCGCCUUGGUGCUCAGCCCUGGGGUGCCGUGCCCCCCUCGGGAGGCCUUGUGCCUCCAGCCCCCAGAUGAGGAAGGAACCUUUAGGGGCGGGCAGCACCCCGCUUCCAAGGGGCCAGGUUCUCACUGGGAUGCUGCAGGGCCAGCCUACACCCCCUCCCCCCCCCCGCCCCCCGCUGUGGCGCUCAGGGAGGCCCUAGCCUGAAACAAAGCUCUUACAGCAGCCAGUACCCCUUCUCCCUGCCCCUCCCAGGGACAGUGGCCUGCGGGACCCCCACUGGGGUGCCACCCGCAUUUCCCCGCCUCCAUCACUGUCAGUACACGCAGACUUGAGUGUCAGAACUCAGACCCACACGUAUUUCAGGACACACAGCUGCUUCGGGGCUGAGCUCGUGCCACAGGCCAGUUAGCAGUGCUGGGAACCUGUGGGUGACAGGUGCCUCUCCCCACCCCAGGCUGGGGUGCACGCUGCCCUGGAAGCCACCCGCUGGCUGGUGCUCCCCUGCACGCCCUGCCCCUCCUCCAGGAUGGAGACUAGACACUAAGACUCCUGCGCCUGUAAUGGUGGCAGUGGGAAGGGGGCUGGGGUGUCCCAGGCAGCUCUCAGUUGGCACUUGGUGCUGUCGGCUCGUGGGCAACUUUCAGGGAAAGCCGGUGGUUGGUGGCGAGGCUGCUCCUGCUCAGGAACUGAUCGAACUCCACAGACAACACGGUGUCCUCGGUCACAGGCAUGGCCUGGCCGGCUCAGCCUGGGGGCCGUGACCCGCGUGGCCCCUGCCACCCGGCGUGUGUACGCCGCCCACCGUGCUUUCUGCCCGCCCCAUUGCCCGCUCGCCCCGCACUCCCUAGUUCGACCGGCCCAUCCACACACCUGCUUUCUUUCUCAUCUCCCUGACCUUAAUUUGUCCCUGCAGUGAAGCUUUGCUUUUGUCUUUAUAUUACAACAUUUGUAUUUUGA